AUGAAGUCCACUGUUGCCACUUCUCAAAGCAGUUCCACAGUGCUUUUGGCAGCUGGCCAAGCCACGACUGGCCUGGCCGGUCCGGCUACGGCUGGUCUGACGCCGGUUGCGUCGAAGGCGGCGACGAAGAAGGCGACUCCCGUGACGCCAGGCUCGACAGUGCCGGUGGCUGCCAAUGUGUUUAACACUAGCAGCAACCAGGGCUUCGCUAACUCGGCCAGCACCCUUGCUGACGUGGCUGGGGUCUUCAAGAAGAUGUUUGGUGGUUCCUACCAGCGUAUCGUGACCAAGGAUAACGAGCAGUUCAUGCUCAUCAACGGCAAGGAGCGGUGCACAGUUCCGGAGUUCCUCUUCACCUACUUCUACCACGGCUUCAUGGAGCAGACCAGCAGAACCCACCGAUUGGCUGAGUCUGACGUGAAUGUGAUGGACUUGAUGAUUAACGGCCCCGCGUCUUCCUUCCUGAGCCUGGCGCUCAAGUGCCACAACUCCAAGGAAGUCGGCAACGCCUUCAAGAGGAUGCUCAGCAAUGUUAGCGCCAAGUUCCCCAACCUCAGAUACGACGAGGUGUCGGACUCUUUCAAGUACACCGCCACUCAUGUGGACACCACCAGCCAACAGAGGAAGAACGUUGAGGCUGUCGUUGAGUCUGCAUACGUAAACAAGUUCCUGAUGUACCUGCGGGACUUCAACGACACUGACACGCUCCCCUUCCUCAUCGACGGCGAGAAAGGCAAUGCUUCGGCCCUGCCCGGCAUCUUUGACUCCGUUGAGCCCAUCAAGGAGCUGUGCGACAAGGUUAACUUCGACGACGCCUACGACAUCAUCCGUGCUGUGCUUCCUGAGCAGCAGUUCAACACCAUGCUCGAUCGUGCGGACCGCCUCAUGGGCACCCGGAAGCAGGUAGACUUGCGCCAGGAGCUCACCCAGACCUACGACUGCGUCAACAACUACCGCACCGUUAUGCAGAGAAUCGGUGGCGCACCCAUCGAGCUCAGCGAGAAGAGACUUGCAGUCAGACGCACUGACAUGCCCCUCAUGUCCCAGUUCGUUUCCGUCGCAACUCGCGAUGAAAGCAAGAUCCUCAUGGACCAGACCUACCGUCUCUACUUCGCCAAGGCCCGCGCUGCCGCUUCUAAGAUCAUCCAGGAGGGUCGCCGUGUGCAACGACAGGCUGGCAAGCUCGUCAGCGUCAAGGAAUUCGUCGAGGGGCUCCCUUCUGCCAUGUCUGGCGCUGCCAAGGCCACCAACGCUGUCGAAAAGGAUGUGGAGACCGCCGUUGCUGACUUCCUCAAGAACCCAGCCAUCGCCAGAAUCGCCGAGAUUUGCGCCUAG